AUGACGACGCCGGACGCGCGACGACAAUCCGUCGGCCGAGUUGCUGAUCCGCCGCCGCCUCCACAGCGAAGACGAUGCGCGGCGCGACCAUUGUCCCGUCAGACGACCGCCCGUCGUGAACCUUGUGCCGUUGCUGUUGCUGCUGCUCCGGCCGCCGCCACCGUCGCCGUCAGUGUCACUGCCGAUCGUAACACCGCCGCGAACGCUCGGAGCACGAUCGCUACAGUUUUACCCGCUACGUCCCGGACACCAGUCACCGGGAAAGGCGCCAGGAUGAUGUCGUCAUGGAUUUAUGUAACGUUGUGCUGGACCGUGAUGAUGUCGCUCGUAAAUGCUUAUCCAAAUUUGAUAUAUACAACAUCUAAAGAUAUCCGGAUGGCUAAUAUGUCAAAAUCGACCAGGAUUAAUGUUAUUGUUAAAGAUCUUAUUGAAGGAAGUGCACUUGAUUUCUAUUAUAAAGGAUCUUUGAUAUGCUGGGCUGAUCAUGGUCAAGAAUCUAUUCAAUGUGUUUCUUACAAUGGAACUCACGCCAGUAACAAAGUGGCAAUAUUGAAUACUGGUAUUAUUACACCAGAUGGUUUAGCUUGUGACUGGCUUACUAAAAAAAUAUAUUGGACUGACGGAGAUACCAAUAGAAUUGAAGUAGCAUCGUUAGAUGGUAAAUACAGGAAAGUGCUAUACUGGGAAGAUAUUGAUCAACCACGAGCUGUUGCUUUAGUUCCUAUGGAUGGCAUAAUGUUUUGGACGGAUUGGGGCGAAGUUCCGAAAAUUGAACGUGCAGGAAUGAAUGGAGAUUUAUCUACACGAAAAGUCAUUAUAAUGGAUUAUGAUGGGAGAAAUAGGAAAACUAUUCUUGAAAAAGGAAUACCAUAUCCAUAUGGUAUUGCUCUAUAUCAAGAUCGACUAUACUGGACUGAUUGGAAGACAUGGUCGAUUCAUGUAGUAGAUCGUAGAGGAGGUGGAACUAGCCGUGAAAUUAUACAUAGUAAUAAUGUACCAAUGGAUAUUCGCGUAUGGAAUUCUGCUCGGCAGCCAGAAAAAAUUACUCUUUGUGAUAAGAAUAAUGGAGGUUGUUCUGAUUUGUGUCUUCUUUCCCCAAAUUCUCCCGGAUAUUCGUGUGCUUGUUCCACGGGAGUAAAGCUCAUAGACCAUCACAAUUGUGCUGACGGUGUCCAAGAAGUUUUAUUUCUUGUACAAAAAACUGAUAUUUGUCAAAUAUCAUUAGAUUCUCCAGAUCAUACUAUUAUGUCUAUACCUCUUACUGGUUUAGCUCAUGCGAUUGCCAUUGAUUAUGACCCUAUUGAAGGGUAUAUUUAUUGGACUGACGAUGAAAUAAAAAUGAUUCAACGAUCAAAAAUGAAUGGUAGUAAUCAAGAAGUUGUUAUUUCCAAUGAGAUAUAUCACCCAGAUGGAGUAGCCGUUGACUGGGUUGCAAGAAACAUAUAUUGGUCAGAUACAGGAACAGAUAGGAUUGAAGUUGCUAGAUUAAAUGGGAAACACCGAAGAGUUAUUGUUGCUAAUGAUUUAAUCGAACCUCGUGGUGUUGCUGUAGCACCUGAAUUAGGUUGGCUAUUUUGGUCUGAUUGGUAUGACAAACGACCAAAAAUUGAACGAUCCAAUUUAGAUGGAAAUGAUAGAAUAGUUUUACUUAAAGAAGAUUUAGGAUGGCCAAAUGGAAUAACUUUGGAUAUUAAGGCAAGAAACCUUUAUUUCUGUGACGCAAAAACUGAUAGAAUAGAAGUUGUUGGUAUGAAUGGAGAAGACCGUAAAGAACUUGUGAGUGAAAAUUUGCCCCAUGUAUUUGGUUUGACUCAAUUGGGUGAUUACCUUUAUUGGACAGAUUGGCAGCGUCGUACCAUUGACAGAGUUAAUAAAAAUACUGGAUCUGAUCGAAAAAUUAUUAUAGAUCAAUUACCAAAUUUAAUGGGUGUAAAAGCUGUGAACUUAAAAGAGCCUCUUAAUGGCAAUCCAUGUGGUGAUAAUAAUGGAAAUUGUAGUCAGUUUUGUUUUUAUAAACCAAAAGGCUACUACAUUUGCGCUUGUGAAAUAGAUUAUGAAUUGGCUAUGGACGGAAAAACUUGCAUACUGUCUGAAUCAUUUCUACUAUUUACUCGAUUUGAACAUAUUGGAAUAUUAAGUACUGAGAAUAGUCAUUAUUCGGAUGUUAUUCCUGUAGCUGGAUUGAAAGAAGCCAGUGCGGUUGAUGUCGAUAUUAAAAAUAAACGAGUUUAUUGGACUGAUGUCAGAUUAAAAACAAUCAAUAGAGUUUACUUAAAUGGGUCAAUGGCAGAAAGAAUUAUUACAUUCGGCCUACAAACUCCAGAAGGAUUAGCUGUUGAUUGGAUUGGUGGUAACUUAUAUUGGAGUGAUUCUGGCACUAAGCGAAUUGAAGUAUCUAGAUUAGAUGGAACUAUGCGCAAAGUUUUACUUUGGAAUGACAUAAAAAACCCAAAAAAUUUAUUACUUAAUCCUAAAAAAGGGUUAGUAUAA